AUUUGACGAAACACCAGCAAUGACAAUCCCCAUUAACUCCGCAUUGACAUAACCGACCUCAGAGUUUGCUCUUAUUCCGAGGUGACUGCCGUAGUUUGAGUUGAACUCUGCGGAGAAAGGUCACCAUAACUUGCAGCCUUUACGUGUACGUUAUCUGUUUCCCGGUGUUUUAUUUUCGGGGACUCUCGCAGGCGAAUCUGACCGGACAAGAUGCGUCUCACGUUGGCGAUGUUGAUCUCCCACGGCCGGGUGGCCCGGAAGAUGGGUCUGGGUCCGCAGUCCCGAAUCAACAUGCUUCGGAACAUUUUGACAGGACUGGUCCGGCACGAGAGGAUAGAAACCACGUAUGCACGAGCAGACGAAGUCCGUUUCUACGCUGAAAAGCUGGUUGACUACGCCAAAAAGGGAGACACUGAUGAGAAGGCGAUGAAAAUGGCGAGCUUUUGGCUCACGGAGAAGGAUCUAGUCCCAAAGCUGUUCAAGGUCCUUGCUCCACGGUUUGAGACUCAGGCAAAUGGCUACACGAGGAUGGCUCACAUCCCGAACAGACAGAACCUGGACAAAGCCAAGAUGGCCGUCCUGGAAUACAAAGGCAACCCUUUCCCUCCUCUCUAUCCUGUGAAAAAGGAGAACAAACUCACUCUCAUCAACCAGCUGCUCAAAGGCUACAGAGAGGAGAGGGCACAACAGUUGGCAUCCAAAGCUUAAUGAGAAGAAGCCUGACGUUGGAUCAGUGAGCUGCAGACUGAUGGUUGUGCUGCUGAGAUGCUUUUGAAGAGUCACAUGCAGAUGCUGCACAGUGCAGCUUAUAGAGACACAUGCAUAUCUACACCAAAAAGAACAGUUCCAUUUCCAGGGCUCGGAGUCGAGGAAUAUUUCUGUUCAAGGACAUUCGUGAUUAUUAAUGUAUUAAUAAAUAUUUCUUUAUAACAGAAGUAAAAGAUCGUUGUCUCUUUCCUUUAUACGAGAGCCCGACCAGCCGAUAAUAUCGACUAUCUGCAGCGGCUAAUUUUAUCGCUGAUGUGCGCCUUUAUUACUAGAUUUAUUCACCAGUCAAAUAGCAUUUAAUUUGAGUAUCAUUCGAGUACACUUGCAGUUCUCUUAUACCAGUAGAGUGCUAUAUGGAUUACAACAAGCAUUAUCACUCUCCAGAGCAGGGGUCUCCCAACAGGUAGCUCGCGGGCAGGUUUUCAGUAGCUCGCCUAUAGGUUGACCGACUGUGUUAAAAAUAAAAAUAAAAUCUGACGACGGUAAAUGCACCUCUUCCCACUAUUCAUAUAUUUGGCCCAUAAAAACAAGUAUGAAGUACUAAUGUUUUCUUGGACAUUGAUGUGAAUUUAAGAUCAUUGAUAAGCAUUGGCUUAUUGCAAUUUCACACAUGUACAAACAGUAGAUUAAUUCAGCUGAGCUAUGUAAAUAAAUGCAAGCGAUUUGAUGCAAGUAGCCCAUGGUCACUUUCAUUUUUUUAAAGUAGCUCUCAGAUGAAAAAAGGUUGGAGACCCCUGCUCCAGAGUGUCUCGCAGUGAUGCACGUACAUAUGCAGUUACUUUCCAGUUAAGUGACCAUCUUGUUUUUAUGCUAUAUCUUUUCCACACGUGGGAUUACUGCAUUUAAGGGAUCAAGGCAAUAAAUGUGUAUAUCUAUAAAGAUGGCAGAUUGAUCUAAGAGAGAUAUUGGUGGAUAUAUCGGUAUCUGAUUUUUUUCUCUCCCUAAUAUCGGUAUCAGGCCCAAAUAUCGCAUAUCGGUCGGGUCCUACUUCAAACACUUCAGCAGGUUGUUGUGUUGUCCCCAUGAUGCUGGCUUACACACAACAGCAGUGGUCUCUUCUUGUACUUAUGAAAGGGUUCAUUAAACAAAUUUAAGUUGCACUUCAUGAUGUGAGGUCUCAUUUUGCAGCAAAUACCAAAUCAUCCGAAGUCUUUGUUGUUUGGAUCAAGUUUCAAAAACUCACUCCUAAAAAGCAUGAGGAAAUGUAUAUUAAAUACAUCGUUAUGUUUGUUGAAUCUAUCGAUGUGUAUUGAUUUUUUGUACAAGGAAAUAUUUUAAUUUAUAUCAUUAGGGUUAUAUCAAUAUAUUUAUGUACUGUUAUUCAAAGCCUUAUCAGUGGUACAGGUUUCUCACUGAAAAAUGUAUGAAGUUUAAUUCUGUGUGAAUGGAAAAAUGAUAUAAAAGAAUAAUUCUGACAUAAAUUAAAUCCUGAACUCAAA